ACCGUGUUUGAAAGAAGAAACAGAUCGAUCUCCUUGCUCUCACCACCAUCAUGUUGGCAGCUCAUCUUCGUUGCCUUCCUCUCCUUCCCAGCAGCAGCUUCUUCUUCAUUGAACAGAGCAACAGCUACAAAACAGAUCUGCAAUUCUGCAUCUGCUCUCAACCACCACCGUCAACAGCCCUCUCCAACCCCUUGCCUUCCUCCACCGAACAGCAGACAGACCGAUCUCCCUGCUCUCACCACCAUCGUUUUGGCAGCUCAUCUUCCUUGCCUUCCUCUCCUUCCCAGCAACAGCUUCUCCUUCACCGAACAGAGCGUAGAAGCACCGAACAGAGCAGCAUUGUAAAUAUGUAAAAAAAAAAAAGAGGUUUUUUAGUU